AUGGGCAGUGCUUUUCCUCUGAAAGACACGUUUGCCGCCGAGCGGCCAGGCUUUGACGACUUGCCCCUGCGCAAGGGUGGUCCGAAGGCGUCGGCGUGGGGCUUGUGGGGUGAUGAUGAUGAGUUGGGCACCUUGAACCUACUUACGCCUUCAAUUGUCAAAGCCGCCGCCGCCGAAGUCGUGACAGGAGAGACAGUUGCUUUGAAAAAGCUCGCAGACAUUGCUAAGAAGACCAUCACCGGCCGUGGUGUCCUCCUUGACUGGCAAUCCUGGGCAACCGAGCAGGGAAUUCAGAUCGACCAUUUCGCCUCCCACGGCAUCCCCCUGUCCCAGCUUCAGGCCGUGGCGGCCGCGCAGCUGGUCCAGGUCCGACGAGGCGACGUUCUUCUCGUCGGCACUGGGUGGCUGCCGGCCUACAACGCGCUGUCCCAGGAACAAAAGGCCGCGCUGCCACACCGGCCCGUCCGGUCGAGCUGCGGCGUCGAGGCGAGCGAGAACGCCAUCCGCUGGCACUGGGACAACGCCUUAGCGGCCGUGGCCUCGGACGCCGUGGCGUAUGAGGCCUGGCCCAGCCCGAGGCUGUGGGGGAUCAGCAUGCACGAGGUCUUCCUCAGCGGCUUGGAGAUGCCUAUCGGGGAGAGCUUCGAUCUUGAGGAGCUUUCUGUCAAAUGUAGGGAGGCGCAGAGGUGGUCCUUCAUGUUUGUUGGUGUGCCGCUAGACGUGCCUGGGGGAGUGGCUAACCCACCGGGUGCGGUGGCCAUCUUCUAG